UUUAAUAUAUCGAAUAUUUUAUUAAAAGAAAUGGCAAGAGCUGUGGGAAGAAGUUUAGCAGGACCAUUGUUGUUUUUGAACUUAUUAAUGUAUCUUAUUGUUUUAGGUUUUGCUAGUUGGUGUCUCAACAGGUUUAUCAAUGGACAAACCAAUCAUCCUAGUUUCGGAGGAAAUGGAGCGACGAUGUUCUUCCUAAUAUUCGCGAUAUUAGCAUCGGUGUUGGGCAUAAUAUCGAAGCUCUUAGGCGCGAAUCAUCUAAGGGCAUGGAGAAAUGAUAGUCUUGCUGCUGCGGGUUCCUCUGCUUUAAUCGCGUGGGCUGUUACUGCACUUGCUUUCGGGUUGGCAUGUAAGGAGAUUAACAUAGGAGGAUGGAGAGGGUGGAGGCUAAGAGUUCUUGAAGGUUUCAUAAUAGUUCUUGGAAUUACUGAACUUCUCUAUGUUCUUAUGCUUCACUCUGGAUUGUUCAAUAGCACCUACGGUCCGGGCUAUAGGGACAACGAGUAUGGCGUCGGUGCACCGCAUGGUGGAGUCCCGGGGACCGGAAUCGCGGAGAAGGGGACCGGUUACACUGGAGCUAGGGUUUAAUUUAGUUUUUGAAGUUGAUAUAGUGUUUUAACUAUGUAUGUUCAAAUGUCUUAUUGUUGAAAGUUUAUUUUACUUUUUAAUGUUGAACACUGGUGUGGAGUUGGUUUUGCUUUCUCUAAUUUGAAGUAAUGUUGUUUGUUGCAAAAUAAAACAUUUGAAGGGGUUAAAAGCGGGGGCGGAGUU